GCAAGCCAAWAACAGCUCUGCGUACGUACCAGUACUUGAUACGGUACACAUCGAUACCUCUACUACAUUAGAGUUACGGUUUCGAACAGUCUUGCGCAUUUUGGAUCUUCUGCUCCUCUUGGCACGCAGAUCUUCGAUCUUUUGAACUCCGAAGCACCGGAUGGAAUUUUGGAUUUUGGAUUUUUCUUCCUUCGUCUCUGUUUCUGUUUUUGUUUUUGUUUUUGUUUUUCCUUCGUUUCACGGUGGGGGUCUGGGUGGCACACCGCCACGGCUUCGGCGUGUUGCCCAGAUUGCCCGUGAGUCAAGGGUGGUUGGUUUCUUCCCGCCUCARAGAUCGGCCAGGACUCCCCUGGUAGUAGAAUGGUGCGGGAGUGGGUGCCUGGGCUUCGCGAAAAAGCCUCGCGGGCCCAACCGUGGCAACAUGGACCGAACGCCGGCGCCGGCGCCAGCGCCAGCGUUAUGGUUCCGGUGGAGCCUGGCUCGGGUGGGGCUCCUCCGCUCGCGGUGMUCCCGUGGUGGGCAGUUGCUCGGCUCCGAGGGGUCGAUCGGCAUCCGUCGAAUCACCUCGGGCAACGAUGCCGGUGAACGAWGACAGGAAUCGUCGUCGUCGCGCUCGUCGUCGGGAUGAUUGUUCGGGUGGUGGUGGCAAGUGGCAACRCUAGGAUCCGGAGAGCCCGGGCCUCGGAGGGGCCCACCGGGUGACCAACGAGCAGCGGCAGCAGAACCACAAAGGGGAUCUUUCGCUGUCGGGCGCAUCCCUCUGACGGCGACAACCCAGGCACCUUCCCCGGCCCCCCUGGCGAAGAAGGAUUGUUUGGUGUUGGCUGCUCCUCUGCCAUCUCCKGGAGGAUUGYCAUCGAGUGUGMRAACGGAGGUUUCUGUKGCCGUUGCCGACGCGGYAUUUGAAGGCCUUGCUUCGGUAUCUCGCUUCCCGGGCCAGGGGCCAACUCGUUUGGGUAAACGGAUCCGAUCCACGGUUCCCGUAGCGACGGGUGCGCCGCCACCUCUCUGGUUCUCGCUCUUCCCGUCUCUUGCCGGCCCGAGCGGUUUUCCGUACGCGCUCGUUUUGGGUUUCGCUCGGGGAGGGGAAUAUGGGAACGAACGCGGACGCGAAGCCGAGCCCGGUGCCGGUGAGAUGCGGAGGCCCGCCCGCUGCAGCUGCGCAAUUCGCCGCUCGGUUUCGGUGCCGCACUUCCUUCCCGAACAUUUYCCCGUGGAGGGUGCGGGAGCGUUCUCCAAGGACCCCCCGGUGGGGAGAGGAUGGCACGGGGGGGCGGGCUUCCUGCUUGGUGCUUUCGCUUUCGCUCCUUCCAUCGCUUCUCCCGGCGGGGGAGGCUCCCAUUUAUCGGAAGCAGCGGUGGCCCUCGGGGAUGCUUCCUUCCGCAGCGGAAUUUUCCCCUGGCUCCCGAACCUCGAGUGGAACCGCCUGCGGCACCGGCUCCGGAUCGGUCCGGGGCGGACCGCGCGGGCCUCCAUCGUUCUCGGACCGGUUGUGUGUGUGUGUGUGUGUGUGUGUGUGUGUGUGUGUGAGCAGCGGCGCUUGGCAGACACCGACGAGCCGGUAGAGAGCGCUUUCGUCGUUUGGAAUGCACCGAGCGGAACCAAUCGUUCGGUGUUUUGUGUGGGCAGAGCGGUGGUGGUGUGGCAAUUCUGGCGCAAGCGAGAGAGAGAGAGAGAGAAAACGGGCGGAGGCCCCGGCCGCGCGGGGGAUCGCUGCCGUUCGAUCGGAGGGCAGCGACGCUACCGUACCGGGUUCAUGGUGUGCCGCUAUGUGUAUGUCGUGUGUUUCGAUGAGCGMGGCAAAGCAUGACGCGACAUGCAGGGACAGUGCACGCAAUGCUGCGAUCCAACGAAUCGCCAACACGACGCCAACCAGCUCCGCAUGCAUGUAUGUGUUUGUGCAUGUGUGUAUCUGUGUGCAGAUCCGUUGCACCGCCGUUGYAUUCCUUCCAAACGAAAGAACGGAUGAUUCGUCCUGGAUCGCAUCGCACGAACAAAGAGGGAGGGAGGAGAGAAUGCAGGAUGCAUUCGGUGUGGUGCGUACAUAGUUUGGUACUACUACCGCAGAACAAACACGAGCCGCCGAGGUCGUGCUCCGCAGCAGGAUCAGAACAGAUCCAAAUACAGCCGUGGAAUCGCAAGAAUUCGAGGAGUGCACCCGGCCGGGGCACAAACGUAAACAAAACCAAUCCAGAGUGAGGGGGGGGGGGGGGGAAGGGGAGAAUGACAUAAAAACGAAUUAUUGGGUGAUUCCCGUUAAUAGAAUUGCUAACAGGCC